CCUCACCUUUCACAAUUCUUUUUUAGAAGGCUGACCCAGGGUUAUGUGUAGUCCCUUAUGAAUUAACUUAAAUAUUAUAAAUAUAUUUCAUCUAUGGCUGGAAUAUUAUCAGUUUCAUCUAGAAAUCUCCCCAAAAGACUUUUACAGCUUGCUGCAAAGCAUUUAGACAACAAUUACAAGCAGGUUCAGCUGGUUGCAAGGUUACAUCAAGGUGAAUUCUCACACUUCUGGCUUCGGCAUGUGUCAGCUCCUGUGAAUCGAUUUCAUAAUGAGGGUCGGCAUCUAAAAAAUGAAAGAUAUUUCAGAUCUUCAGCUGUACUGCUUGAAGAACGAGUCGUGACUGUUCCUCCAUUCGCUGAGUCAGUUCAAGAGGGAGAUGUGAGGUGGGAGAAGGCGGUUGGAGACUCAGUGGUUGAAGAUGAAGUUGUUUGUGAGAUCGAAACCGAUAAGACGUCAGUUCCAGUGCCAGCACCUGGAGCUGGUGUCAUCGAAGAGCGUUACGUAGAAGAUGGAACCAGCGUCAAGGCUGGACAAAAACUUUUUAAGAUUAAACUAGGUGCCGGAGGAGCAAAGAAAGCCGAUGCUCCAAAGCCAGCAGCAGCAGAGGCCGCAGCACCUCCCCCUCCUCCCCCACCCCCACCCGCCACUCCAUCAGCAGCUGCUCCUCCACCUCCACCUCCACCACCGCCCCCCAAACCUACACCACCACCACCAGCUGCUCCCAUGUCCUCCAUCCCUGUAGCUGCUAUCCGCCACGCUCAGGCCAUCGAGGCAGCCACUGUCAAACUGCCACCCUCUGAUCCCACGUCAGAGAUCAGCGGCACCCGGUCCGAGCAGAGGGUCAAGAUGAACCGUAUGAGGAUCCGCAUUGCUCAGCGGCUCAAGGAGGCACAGAAUGUCAAUGCCAUGCUCACCACCUUCAACGAACUUGACAUGACAAACAUCAUUGAAUUCCGUAAGCAACAUCAAGAGGCGUUUCAGAAGAAGUACGGGUUGAAGCUAGGCUUCAUGUCGGCGUUUGUAAAGGCUGCUGCAUACGCUCUGACAGACCAGCCGGUGGUCAACGCUGUCAUUGACGGCAAUGAAAUUGUCUACAGGGACUACGUUGACAUCUCUGUAGCUGUGGCCACUCCCAAAGGUUUGUUGGUGCCUGUGCUGCGUAAUGUGGAGGGCAUGAACUAUGCUGACAUAGAGAAGGGUAUUGCGGCUCUAGGAGAGAAGGCUCGCAAGGGACAGUUGGCAGUGGAAGACAUGGACGGAGGAACCUUCACCAUCAGCAAUGGAGGAGUGUUUGGCUCCCUCAUGGGCACUCCCAUCAUCAACCCUCCUCAGUCCGCCAUCCUGGGCAUGCACGCCACCUUUGAGCGACCUGUCGCCAUCAAAGGACAGGUGGUGAUUCGACCUAUGAUGUACAUUGCGCUGACAUACGAUCACCGGUUGAUUGACGGACGUGAGGCUGUGACCUUCCUGCGCAAGAUCAAGGCGGCUGUGGAGGAUCCCAGGAUAAUCUUCUUAGGAUUGUAAAGCCACUGACUGUAGUAACAAUCAUACUAGAAGGCAUACGGAUGUCAUGAGGCAGAGCACCAUGCCAAGAAGAGCACUACAUUAGCAAAACUGCAAGUUGUGGAAACUUGUUCUUACUCGAAUCUUCCUCCAGUGAAAGUUGUUAAAUUAUUGUUACAAGUACAUAAUGUUCAAGGAAUCUAAACCGAUUAUAGUCAUAAUAUAAUUGAGGUGUAAUUUAAUGUUUAACUAAGCUUAAAUACUCGAAACGACAUAUUCUUAAGUAUUACAGUAGUGUAUUAGUGUAUGUUGUUGGUUUGCUAGUACCGAUUUCAAAAUUAAUCAAACACAAAUGAAGAAUUUAUUGUAAAACAAAUUAUAUUAAUUUGGUUAUUGUUUAAAUAAAUUGUAUUUAUUGAUUUUGAAAGUUCCUUUGAAUAACUUGUCAAUAUCAGCACCCUUCCCCAGUCCUAGGUUGUUGUACCGUUAAUUGUUUUACGUCUUGCUAUUCUUCAUUUACUAAUCCUUUAGCUUACACCAAAGCUUUACCAGUAUUAAUUCUUUGUUUGUUAUGUAAUAUUAUUUGUUAAUAUCAUGGAACAUAUUGUACAUGGUGGUGUAUAUAAUAUGUUUAGUAUUCAUCACAUUUGUAAGCCUCUGGGUGCUUAUGGUGUGAAUAAAUUAUGCUUUUUAUUUCCCAACA